AUGGAAUCUCCAGAUGUAUGGGGGCCCUUGCCAGCGUUCCGGGGCAAGAAGACAAGUGCAGCAGCCUCAGGGUUGGCUUCCCACUCACUCCUCUUGGAGCGCGUGCAUCACAUCACCGUUCCGCUGCCUCUCUCCUAUCCGGCCCAAGCCCACUCCAUCCUCGAGAAGAAAGCGAGGGCGGGCUUGAAGACCUUCAUGCAUUCUCUAGGCAAACUGCGCCGCUGCCACCGUGGCGGAAAGCAAAAGUCGGUUUCCUUUGAUGUGGGCGGCGUGAGCGUGACCGUGCAGUUCAUGGAACUCGCACUUGCGGCCGCUGGCGCUUAUGUGGAAGAAGCAUUAUGGAGGACGAUGCAAGCAGUUUUGACCAGCCAGCCCGGUUUAUCCACUGCCACGGAAGAGAUUGUCAUUCAGCUGGAGGAAGGUGAUGCUUCUUCGGGCUCCAUAAUGAUUCGCGUUACUUGCGCCUUUGAUGGGCUAUUGCAUUCAUCCAGGCGAGUUUCCCGCCCUUAUCCGGUUCUUCGGCAUGUUGUAGAUGACUCAACAAGAAGACGAACUUUCUUUUCGCGCGGGAGGUUGUCAGGGGGCAGCGGCGCAGCGGCGCCAGAUGAUUCCGCGCAUAGAAGGGGUGCGGGGCCUCUGACGCCGCAACCGACAAGACGCGGAGGCUCCAGUAGAAAAGCACGACGAUCAGAUGAGCGAAAGCGUAAGCGCGACCAGCGCACGGAGGGACCUGCUGCAACAGGCGCAACUCCAGAUGGCGCAGAGACACUCCAAGCAGAAGGUGAAACUUCAAAAGACGCAAAAGAGAAGUCUGCAGGCGACAAAACUCCAGGAGGUAUAGAGGCGUCUGGUGCAACAGGCGGAGAUACAACAGGCUCCGGUGCCGAUGGCCACAAGGGUUUUGUACAGCUAUCUGGGACUGGUGCUCGCCCCAAAACAAAAGGCUUGCUGUUGGUCCCUAGCAAUGCAGCGCUGGGCCAGCGACGGAAAACAUAUGACUUCCCGAAUCUCCCAGAAGGCACCGUAAGUCUUCAGGGCUGUGCUGUCCCGGAGUUCACCGGGGCCUUGGCUUUCAAGCUUUAUCAGCUGGAAUGGGGAAAAGCGUUUCGACAGCUUGUCAGCUGGCUGUCUUGA